AGGUGCCUGAGGCAAUCACCGUCUUUCGGCUUAGCAUCGGGCCAAAAAAAAGUUGAUAUCAUCCCGUCUCCAAUGGCAUCGAAGGGCAAAGAAUUUGCGGGAGAGUUCCACUUGGACGUUGAUGCUUUUUCCGCAUCCCCAGGUCUAAUUUAACCGCCUAAAAUCUACGACACACUGCUUUCAGAUGAUUCGACAAGCUUCACAAUGAAUGCAAGCAUUCUUACAAAGGCAGCGGCCCCGGGCCGUCUGCUGUCCAGCCGUAUUUCUAGGCAAUCCAAGCUCAAGGAUGCUGUCUGCAAACGCGCCCAAAUCCACACCGUCACUUGUACCGUUAGACCCACGAAGCCUCUAGCUUCCCGGGUGACAUCUCAAGCUCCCUCAUCCAAACGUGCAUUCCAUGCGACAUCCACCAACCUCGCACCGAGCGACCCCUACAAGACUUUGGGUGUUGACAAAUCAGCAUCUGCGGGCGACAUCAAGAAGGCAUACUACGGCCUAGCAAAGAAAUACCAUCCCGACACGAACAAGGAUGCCGGAGCGAAGGAGAAGUUUGGCGAGAUCCAGAGCGCAUACGAGAUCCUGUCCGACCCCAAGAAGAAGCAGCAAUUCGACCAGUACGGCGCUGCCGGCUUCGACCCCAGCGGCGGCGGCGGCGACCCGUUCGGAGGCGCUGGAAACCCAUUCGGCGGCGGGUUCGGAGGGCAGGGAGGCUUCGGCGGCGCCGGCGGCUUCAACUUUGACGACAUCUUCUCCGCCUUCACGGGCGGCCAAGGAUUCGGACGCCGCGGCGCCGGCGCCGGCGGCAGAGGACAGAACCCCUUCCAGCAGGAAAUCCUGGUGGGCGACAACAUUGAGGUGCAGUCGAGCAUAUCCUUCAUGGAGGCGGCCAAGGGAACGAGCAAGACGAUCACGGUGACGCCCCUGACGGGGUGCGGGACGUGUACGGGCAGCGGACUCAAGCAGGGCACAAAGAGGUCGGCGUGCAAGUCGUGCAACGGAACGGGUACCCGGGUGCACUUCAUGAACGGCGGGUUCCAGAUGGCGUCGACGUGCGGGAGCUGCGGCGGGACGGGCACGACGAUCCCCCGCGGGUCAGAGUGCAGGUCGUGCGCGGGCAACGGUGUCGUGAGGGAGCGCAAGACUAUUACGGUCGACAUCCCCGCGGGAAUCGAGGACGGGAUGCGGCUGCGCGUCGACGGCGCGGGCGAUGCGCCUGUCACGGGCAAGAACGCCGAGGCCGGCAUGCGGACGCAAAAGGGCGACCUCUACGUCUUUGUGCGCGUCGCGACGGAUCCCAAGUUCCGUCGUGCGGGUUCUGAUAUCUUGUACACGGCCAGCAUCCCCAUUACGACGGCGAUGCUCGGCGGCGAGGUCACGGUGCCGACGCUUGAUGGGCAGGUCAAUGUCAAGGUGGCGACGGGAACCAACACGGGCGACAAGCUGACGCUUUCCGGCAUGGGCAUGAACAAGCUCAACGGCAGAAGAGGCGGCUCCGGCGACCUCAAGGUGGAGUUCCGGGUGAAUAUGCCCAAGUACCUGAGCGCGAACCAGCGUACGCUGGUGGAGAUGCUGGCGAACGAGAUGGGAGACAAGACGGCGCGGAAGAUUAUGAACGUCACUCCCCAGGGGUGAGUUUUUUUUUUUUUCUUUUUUCCUUCCCUUCCUUGCGCGCGAACACAAGCGAGCUGCCGUUGCCAGGCUCUUUCUCUCUUCUCCCUUAUACAGUCCUAAUCCCAGGACACCUCGAACGCCCCGUUUUGU